GAAGAUUCAUAGUAUUCGGAUGUUGCAGGAGGUUGGAUAAGCUGGUUUUGUGCAUUAGAAGAUCAUCAAUUUUUAUGUGAAGUUGACGAAGAAUUUAUAAGAGACAAUUUUAAUUUAUACGGCAUAAAACAAAAAUUUAAUCAUUACAAUGAGGCUAUAGAAAUGAUUUUGUCUACUGAAAGUCCUGAUGAUGAUGAUUUAGAAGAUGAAAGAUUUCUUGAAAUCUAUCAAGAAGCAACUGAUGUUUAUGGACUUAUUCAUUCUAGAUUUAUAACUUCUCCUAAAGGUUUGGCAUUAAUGAGGGAAAAAUAUUUAUUAGGAAGAUUUGGAGUAUGCCCAAGAGUACUCUGUGAAAGGUAAAACGUAUUACCUUUAGGGAUGAGCGAAGAAUUAAGAACUUCUAGAGUGAAAGUGUUUUGCCCAAGAUGUGAAGAUGUAUAUAUUCCUAAAAAGAAAUGCCCUGAUGUUGACGGAUGUUAUUUUGGUGUUUCUUUUCCAUAAAAUUUACUUAUUACUUAUCCAGAUUUGGUCCCUUAAAAAAAUUAAUCUACUUAUAUUCCUAGAAUUUACGGAUUUAGAAUAUAUAAAAAAAAGGGAUCUAGAUUUGCUGAAGAUGAUUAAGCUUUAUGUGAGGUUACUCAUUAUAGUGAAGAAUUAUUAAAAUAAAUUAGAGGAAAAAGUGAAAAAAAUAAAAAUGAAGAAAAUAAAAAAUCAAAUAAUGUUUUAUGAUUUUUUAUAUUUAAACAAAAAAUUAUUAAAUAAAUUUAUG